ACAUUGACAUCGAUUAUUUGCCACCUCUAACAAAGGCCUGAAGAUGGUAUGCUCUCUGGGAAUUGAAGGCAGUGCUAACAAAAUAGGAAUUGGAAUCAUAAGAGAUGGUGAGGUAUUGGCAAAUGUCCGCAAGACGUACAUUACACCACCAGGAGAAGGUUUUCUGCCAAAAGAAACAGCCAAGCACCAUCGUGAUCAAAUCAUUGGUUUAGUAAAGGCCGCUCUCAAGGAAGCAAAAAUUGACUCACAUGAGCUCGAUGUGAUUUGCUAUACUAAAGGGCCGGGAAUGGCACCACCAUUAAUGGUGGGCGCCAUAGUGGCCCGUACAUUGUCACUGCUGUGGGAAAAACCAUUGUUGGGUGUGAAUCACUGCAUAGGACACAUUGAAAUGGGCCGUCAAAUAACGAAUGCCAAAAACCCAAUAGUAUUAUAUGUAAGUGGCGGUAAUACCCAAGUGAUUGCUUAUUCAAACAAACGCUAUCGCAUCUUUGGUGAGACAAUUGACAUUGCCGUUGGUAACUGUUUGGAUAGAUUUGCCCGAAUAAUUAAGUUGUCCAAUGAUCCAAGUCCGGGCUACAAUAUAGAACAAUUGGCCAAAGAGGGAAAACAAUUUGUAAAGUUACCGUAUGUAGUAAAGGGAAUGGAUGUUAGCUUUUCGGGCUUAUUGUCGCACAUAGAAGAAAUAGCAGAUCCUAGCAAGAGGCGCAACAAAAGAAAGAAAGCUGAAGAUGCUGAAGAGCCGGAGUAUACAAAAGCUGAUCUGUGCUACUCUUUACAAGAAACGAUAUUCGCCAUGUUGGUGGAGAUAACAGAAAGAGCUAUGGCACACUGCGAAUCAAAUGAGGUUCUUAUUGUCGGCGGAGUUGGCUGCAAUGAACGUCUUCAAGAAAUGAUGCGUAUUAUGUGUGAAGAACGAGGUGGCAAAUUAUUUGCCACCGACGAACGUUAUUGCAUUGACAACGGUCUGAUGAUUGCUCAUGCUGGGGCAGAGAUGUUUAAGUCGGGUACACGUAUGGACUUCGAAGACUCCUUUGUAACACAAAGAUACCGUACUGAUGAAGUGCUAGUAACCUGGCGUGAUGAUUAGGGCGAAUAUCACAUUGCUGUUGUUGAUAACUUAAUACAUUUUCAAUCAUUUAAAUACAAUAAAAGGACGAUAAAUUGGAAGCUAAUCAAA